AUGGUGAAUGCCGCCAUCAAGGAACUCAAGGAAAGGAACGGAUCAUCUCUUCAGGCCAUCAAGAAGGACAUUGCAGCCACUUAUAAAGUUGGUACUGACAAGUUGGCUCCUUUCAUCAGAAAGUACUUGAAGAGUGCCGUCGCCAGUGGUAAAUUGGUUCAACGUAAGGGAAAAGGUGCUUCAGGAUCUUUCAAGCUAGCAGUUAAAAAUAGCAAACCAAAAGCUGUCAAGUCUGCUGCAUCGAAGGUUGCAAAGAAACCAGCAUCCCUGAAAAAGGCUGCUCCUAAGGCGAAGAAGACUGUUGGUGAAAAGAAGAAAACCCCGAAGGUUGCUGCUAAACCACCAAAGGUGAAAUCCACCAUCACCAAGCCUAAAGUCACCAAGGCUUCGCCCAAGAAAGUAGCAAAGGCUGCUUCCCUGUCGAAAAAGGUUAUUGCUUCUAAAUCAAAGAAGCCAGUAGCAUCGAAGAAAGUUGCCAAAAAGUAA